AUGCUGCUGGAAAAAAGUAAAGUGGCAAGGGUAGAUGGUCAUUUAUGUUCGGCACUACCAAAAGCAAUUAAGACCAUGACAAGAGAAGAGAAAGUUGAUUCAAUUGUUCAACCACAGUAUGCAUUUGGUGAAGAAGGGGUUACAAUUACAUCACUACCCAAUGGUUUCUCUCCAAUUCCACCAAAUUCUAUGCUUCAUGUUGCAUUAGAAUUGUUAGGUAUACUGCUAAGAUAGAAGAUGGAACUGUGUUUGAGAAAAAGGGUUUUCAUGAAGACACUCCAUUAAACUUCAUUACAGAUGAAGAACAAGUGAUUGGCGAAUUAGGCCGAGCGGUUGCAACAAUGAAGAAGGGGGAGCAAGCAAUAUUAACCAUCAAUCAUGAAUAUGGAUAUGGAAACCAAGAAAUGAACUGUGAUUUGGCCGUAAUUCCUCCCUUUUCAAAUUCACUUUAUGAAGUCGAAAUGAUCCUAUUUAAAAAGGUAACUUAUCAUUCAUAGUUUACCAUAAGAUUGGUUCCAUAUAUGUAUAUAAGGGUAAAAUGGUCAUUCUGAAAAUAUUGGGUUGUGCGAUACUGUUGGUAAACUUAUGAAUCCUAUUUAUGUUGUCAUCUUUAAAUCACCUGUUUUGUAUUGACAAUGCUUCC